GAACAUCCCUUAGUAAUUUGUUUUCAUCGCAUAAUCAUGAUCACGGUGCAUGCACUCUCUACCAGCAAACCCUAAUUUUGUCCGAUCCCAAUGAAGAACAGCAGAACUGCCAGUGCCAGAUCAUCUUCAUCCGCCAUUGCCGCACCAUGUAUUAAAGCUGUUCUUUUCCUGUCUUUCUCCGUCGUUCUAAUCACUCUAUUCAUCAAUUAUGCCUCUUCCUCGAACAACCCUUCCCUCUUUUCUCUUCCGCCAUCGCUGCCAUUGCCAUGGCACAACGACCGCCGGGAACCUCCCCCUUCCUCCUUCUCCGGCAGCCACACGGAGUCGCCUCCGCCGGAAAAUUCCAAGACCGCCUUGUACCCCACGUUCACUAAUCCGAAGAUGCAGCGGGCGGUGGCGAAUCUGGUGAAUGAAUUGAAGGAAGAAAGCCUGUCGAGAAUCGGGAAGAACAGGGACGAGAAAAUAGCGAUGGUCGAAGCAGGGCUCGCAAAGGCAAGAGCGCUAAUUAAAAACGCGAUUUUUAAAAGUCGCGUUUCUCCCCCGCCGCUCUCACCGGACAGCGAUUAUGUCCCUCAAGGACAAGUUUAUCGCAAUCCCUACGCCUUUCAAAAGAGUUUCAUGAUGAUGGAAAGCAUGUUCAAGAUUUACGUGUACGAGGAAGGGGAGCUCCCUAUGUUCCAUAACGGUCCAACCUCGGACAUAUAUACUAGUGAAGGAAUUUUCAUUGGAUUGUUCGAAUCGGACACUCGAUUUCGAACUCAAGAUCCCGACAGGGCUCAUGUCUAUUUCCUACCUUUCAGCGUUUCCAUGAUCCUCCAGCAUUUGUUCGAUCCGGCCGUGCGCGACAAGGGCGUGCUCGAUCAUGUUAUAACCGAUUAUGUUCGUGUAAUUUCGAACAAGUAUCCUUAUUGGAACCGUAGCCUCGGAGCCGAUCAUUUCAUGCUCGCUUGCCAUGAUUGGGGUCCUCGAGCAACAUGGUACAACCAUCACUUGUACUUCACAUCGAUGCGCGCCUUAUGCAACGCCAACACGUCCGAGUUCUUCAACCCAAGAAAAGACUUGUCAAUCCCGGAGCUUGAUCUCAAAGAAGGGCUCCUAACUCAAGUUAAACCUAAUCAAGAACCUUCCAACCGCAAGAUCCUAGCAUUCUUCGCGGGAGGAGUACACGGCCCUAUAAGGGGGGCGCUCUUCCACCAUUGGAAAGACAAGGACAAAGACAUCAUCGUAGUAAACAAAGUUCCUGAGAACUCAUCCUUGUCCUACCAAGAAUUCAUGCACCAUAGCAAGUUCUGUCUUUGCCCGAGCGGGUACCAAGUUGCUAGCCAGCGCGUCGUGGAGGCUAUUUAUGCAGGAUGUGUCCCGGUUCUGAUCAACAAGGACUUUGUUCCACCGUUUAGCGAUGUCCUAGAUUGGGACAAGCUCUCGGUGAACGUCGCGGUGCGCGACUUGCCGGAGCUGAAGAGGAUUUUGGAGGGCAUAGGCGAGGAAGAGUACGAGGCUUUAAGACAAGGAGUGGGACAAGUGCAAAGACACUUUGUUGUGAACAAUCCACCUAAGAGAUACGAUGUGUUUCAUAUGGUAGUUCAUUCUCUUUGGUUGAGAAGAUUGAAUCUUAGAAUCAAUUCUUGA